AUGCCUAACAUUUAUCGGACACGAAUCCCUUCAUAUCCUUCAGAACCUGAUGCCAAUGACCCCGGGCCCUCACCAAUCGAUGCUGACGACUCUAUCGUGCUGUCGGACCUUGUGCGGACCGGUGAAGCCUCUCGCCUUCGACGACGAGGUGCAAUGAGACUCGACCACGGCCACACAGCAUCGCAGACAGGACCUUCCAGCAUAAUAUCGCCCAAUGCCGGUGCUGUCGUGGUGGAUUCACCGUCAUGGGAGUCGGAUCCAGAGGACCGAGACCCAGUUCUUGAAUCGGCGUUGAGCAGGAACGACCGGAGUUUGAGGUAUGCACGCAGCCAGCGGGAGGUUUCGCGGCAUAUGAAGGACGAGUAUACGUGGAACUUGUUCUGCGGAGGCCACGAGGAGGAUGCAGUAAUAGAGGAGACCUUGUCACCCGUCUCGAGAGGUUCGUUCGUGCCGUCUAUCAUGCCUCUGUACCCGUCGACUGCUCAAUCGCCGCCGUCGUCUUUCAAGCGAACAAUUCGUAGAACAAAUGGCUGUGGGGCCCUUGUUCAUAUGCGAGCUACGCCCCGGCAGCGUUUGGGUGUGUGGACCGCGAAAAGUGAGGCGUCGGAUGCCGUAGUGGCCAUGGACUCUUCAUAUUUCGAUCGCUCUGCCGUCGCUAAGAUCCUCAGAAGUGCCUGCGGAUGUGUGCGCGAAGGUGUUGGUUGUGCUGUAUGUGGAAAUCCUUUGGGCACCCGGUAUAGGCCGUGUAAAACUGCCGGUGAUAGUAUUUUCACCACUCCGUCGAAUAUUUCGGCGCCACGUUGUCCCCAAGGUCCUCGAUAUUGGCACGCCUCAAAUCAGUCUCAGUCAACGCCUGGGACUUAUAAUCCCGAAUUCUACAUCUACACUUUCUUUUCAACGGCUGUUUCCUCAGCUCCGGGUUACACGUUUCCCCCACGUCUUCCUCAUCAUUCAUCUUCGACCCCCUCAUCUGCUUCGCAACGGCAGCAGUCAUCUUCAUAUCCAUUUCUUCCGCCACCGCCACCACUGGUUGAAGUCGAUGAUACCGAAGAGGCGACGCCCACCUUUGGUAACAUCAUGUUCUCCCGCGUAAUGACUUCGUCGCCGACACAGCUCUCCGACGUCGGAGAAGAUGAUCGCGAGUCAGACCGAGGUGAUGACUAUACCCUGCCAUUACCGGCUGACUGGGCAGAUUUUGCCAACCGAGCGCCGCUCGACCCCGACGGCGAAUUCUUAACCGACGUCGAGGCCCCAAACUCUCCGGACAAGAACGAGGUCAUGCUCAUACCGGAGCGGUAG